CGGGUUCAUAGACUCUCCACUAGUCCACAGUACUGCGACUGCAAUGAAAGACGGAGUUCACUUGAGAGACACGAGCGUGCAUUCGGAGCUGGUAAUCGGCAAGAAGAUUGGCGGUUACAUGUUGGGACGGACAAUCGGUGAAGGCUCGUUCGCAAAAGUCAAAGAAGCUGUGCAUCUACAAACAAAUCAGAGGGUUGCCGUCAAAAUUGUGGACAAAUCUAUGCUGAAAGGAAGCGAGUAUUUGCAGCGUAAUUUUAGACGAGAAGCCGAGGUAUUGCAAAAAAUCAGACAUCCGAAUGUCGUCAAGCUGUACGAAGUGUUGGAGACUGAGAACAAAUACUACCUCGUCAUGGAACUGGCAACAGGAGGAGAAUUGAUGAACUACAUUUGCGCUGCAAGCAAGCUGACAGAAGAAGAGGCACGGAAAUUCCUCCGUCAGAUCGUCGUGGCAGUCGACUACCUACACAAAGCGGGGGUAGUACAUAGAGAUCUGAAAGUGGAGAACUUGUUACUGGAUGAACAUAAGAACAUCAAAAUUAUAGACUUUGGUCUGAGUAACACUUUGGGAGAAGGUGACCGCUUGCUGACGCAGUGCGGUUCACCAGCCUACGCAGCUCCUGAAGUCUUCUGCCAGAAAGCUUACGGUCCGGCUGUUGACAUUUGGAGCAUUGGCAUCAAUAUGUACGCAAUGCUAACAGGAGAACUGCCCUUUCAUGUAGAGCCAAUCAAUAUGUCCGUCCUACACGCACAGAUCCUUUGUGGAGCUAAGAUACCGGACACCCUGUCCGAGAGCUGUCAGGAUCUUCUAAAACGAUUGCUGCACCAGAAGGCCGAAGAACGUAUCAAGAUUGAAGACAUCAUGAAACAUCCGUGGAUAAACGAAGGCCAUUACUACGACCCUCUCCAGUCGUCACCGUUUCCUGCGUUUAGAACAUCAAGCGAACUGAACGAUAUCGUUCUGACCCGCAUGGUCGCUAGUCUGGGUUACCUAAAAGAGGACAUUAUUCGCUCUGUCUGCGAGAACAAACCAUCAACCGCCUCGGCAACCUAUUGUCUAAUGGAGGAGACGUUAAGAAACAUCUCUUACAAGCGGAGACAAUCUAGAGGACUGAGACCGUGCUAUUCUGAUAGUCAAGUUGAAGUCCAGUCAUUAAUCACAGCUACUAACCGGCAGGCCGACGACCCGAGUUUGAUGACUGAAGCAAGCAGCUCCUUCAAAAAAGUUGUGCGCGAAAUGAAACAAGAAGAAACAAAGAAACACACUGCAUUGCCUCAAACACAAAAAUCCGUACGGACAUCGCGCUUUUCUGACGUUCUGAUGGUACGAAGGUCGAGCACUGAUUCCAAAAUCAAUCAGGUCGACGCUCGCGAGCACGGAGAAAACACAAGUAUCGAAAGGAAGAGAAAAAUCGGCGUGCAAAUAGGACACAGUCAAAACGCUCUGUUUCGAAAUCACGCCUUAUUACGCGUUGCUCGCCGCGCCAGCAUCAACACGAUUCUAACCGACGGUAGGAGAAUAGGAGGCCUCAGGCUGGCGGUAGCACCUCCAACCAAAUCGAACAAGAUGCCGCUAACCCCAACUUCCAAAGCGAAAUGGAGUCUCACGCAACCAAAUCCAACAACAACGUACAAAAGUCUCCAGAAAAGGUAUUCUAUUCCCGCAGACCAAUCUCACACCGACGCCGGCACAGAAACCACGUACCACGUCAUCUCCCCUGAGAUAGAUGAGAAGAGACGACUGCCAACUAUAGGCAGCACUUCCCUCAUGGGCACAUCGUCCCCAAGAUUAGCACGACCCUUUAGUCAACAGCAAAUGAAGCUUUAAACUGUCACUGUCAUUA